UGUUUUUCUCUGAUGUGGCGCAGCAGAGGAGCUUUUGCGCUCACUCACCACAGGUUUCAUGUCACACCGGGGCGAUGGAGGAGAAUAACAUGAACUGUGUUUUCUUUGAGUGUCAGCGCAGWCUYUCARCAAAMGAAAAGAMAAAAGUAACAACAUAUUUCAGUGUUCRUCGCAAAUCAGGCGGAGGAGACUGCGGACYUUUAACMCCUGUGGCUGAUAACUUCUACAGAAUAUCCUUCAGACAUCAGAAAGAUCAACAGGAAGUCCUGAAGAAGUCGGAGCAUGUUAUUAAGCUCGCUGAUGGUCCUCUGGUGGUCAGAGUCAGAAACAGUCUGCCAACAACUGCUUCUUCUCAAAACACCACCUCCACAGCUCCAGCAGAGAGCUCCCAGUUUAUUCCUGACUCGACUGCUUCAACAAGUAAUGAAGMAAAUAAACUGUCUCCUGAUGAACAUCUGCCUUCUGAGCUGAAGGAAUGUGUGGAAGCAGAGGAGCAACAAGAGGAAGAAGUUCCUUCUUCUUCCAGCUCUGUUCAGCUUCACCCAGAGGAGGACUGUGUUUCUUUCAAGAAGUCAUCUGAACCUGAUGAUGUUUGUGACUGGAAAGUUGUGUCGGACAAUACUGACAGCUACCUGUGCCACUCGGAGGAAAGUUCAUAUAAAGAUGAAGGGACAGCUUUGCGCAUAGCAGAAUUGACCACUGACGAAUCUUCUCAGGUUGACAAAAAGUUGUUGGAAGUAGGGAAUGAGUCAUCAUCUUUGAGUUUGACAAACACAGAAGUAGCCAGUUACAGCCUGUGUGAUGGGCUUCAGGUGGUGCUGUGUCAGGGUGAUAUCACCACACUUCAAGCUGAUGCCCUGGUGAACGAUGCCAAUGAAGAUUUGAAGCAUUGUGAAGGGGUUGCUGCUACCCUGAG